GUCCCAAAGGUUUAAAUGACAAGUCGAGCUCUGAGCAGGGUGAGGAGAGAAGACAUGUUCCAAUCGACGAGCAGUAGUGGCUACAGCAAUGGCUAUCACCACGAUGGUAGCAGUGGCGGCGGCGCUCACUCGGCCGAGAAUCGGCUCCGGAGGGGUAGCCGCAGCAGGUCACGCAACCAUGGUAGUGGAUCCAAUCUUAGGGUUUCUAAUAGGAUGAUCCAACAGCAGCAGGAGGAGGAGACGGGUACGGAUAAGGCUCCCGCUCCCUGUACGGACUUCGACAUGGCAUACUUUAACUCUUACGCUCACCUCGGUAUUCACGAAGAAAUGAUUAAGGAUCGUGCGCGUACGGAAAGUUACAGGAAUGCAAUUUUCCAGCAUCAAGAUCGUAUCGCAGGAAAAGUAGUGGUAGAUGUUGGUUGUGGCACUGGCAUUCUUUCAAUAUUUUGUGCUCAGGCUGGUGCAAAACGAGUGUAUGCAGUGGAUGCCAGUAAUAUUGCAGUUCAGGCAAAUGAAGUUGUAAAGGCAAACAACUUAUCUGAUAGAGUCAUUGUUUUGCAUGGGCGUGUUGAGGAUGUUGAAAUUGAUGAUGAAGUUGAUGUUAUAGUUUCAGAAUGGAUGGGUUACAUGCUUCUCUAUGAGAGUAUGCUGGGGAGUGUCAUUACUGCCCGAGAACGCUGGUUGAAACCCGGGGGUCUUAUUCUUCCAUCAACUGCUACGCUGUACAUGGCACCUGUCACCCAUCCAGACCGAUAUAGUGAAAGCGUCGACUUUUGGCGCAAUGUAUAUGGAAUUGAUAUGUCUGCCAUGCUGCCAUUAGCAAAACAGUGUGCUUUUGAAGAGCCUUCGGUUGAGACAAUCAGUGGAGAAAAUGUUUUGACUUGGCCUCAUGUGGUAAAACAGGUGGACUGUUAUACAGUUACCCUUCAUGAGCUAGAAUCUGUUUCCACCAGAUUUAAGUUUAAAUCAAUGAUGCGGGCACCAUUUCAUGGGUUUGCUUUCUGGUUUGAUGUGGAGUUUGACAUACCUGCAAUAUUCCCUUCCAAUAACAAUACAAGAAUUGCUGCAUUCAUUGAGCCUCCUAAUAAUCAUGAUAUAGAUGGCACUCAAAGAAAGAAGCGGGCCAAUCCCAAUGAAGCCCUUGUGUUGUCUACGGCACCUGAGGAUCCUCCAACGCAUUGGCAACAGACAUUGAUCUACUUCUAUGAUCCAAUUGAGGUGGAGCAAGAUCAAGUUAUUGAAGGUUCUGUAACAUUGUCACAAAGCAAAGAAAAUCCUCGGUUCAUGAAUAUUCAUUUAGAAUAUGCAUCCAAUGGUCGUUGUUUUGUUAAAGAGUCUGUUAUGCGAUAAGCGAGGCGGUGAUUUUUACCCUUUUGCUCACGUGGAAUGUGAAGCUAUUGGGUCAGAUCCGGAUCAGUAAGGUAGCUGUGAUGCAAUUGGUUUCGUAGAUUCUGCAUCUUCAUUUAUCUGCUCGUGUAUCUGAAUCCCUUGGCUCUAUAAGACAUUAUAAUUUAUUGUGUUGGAUGCAACUAUAGGCUUAACUGUUGAAAAACCUGAAGCUAUUAUUCUUAUAAUUGUAUACCAUAGACAUUAGUAUUAUUAUUAUUUUUAAUUUCUUUCUAGGUUCUGUGUAAUCCUAUGUGAGUUGUUUUUUGUAGAGUAGAAUUAUUAGUAUUAUUGGUGAAUUUUUGGAAACAGAAUUGGAUGGUGUCAUCUUUCUUGA